GUUAAUCCUACCAGUAAAUUCGUCCACGUUGAGAUUUACAAUGAAUUGUCUUACAUAAUUACAAGCUUGAUUAUCAUUGCUUUAAUUCUAUUUUAUUUUAUUAUUCCUUUAUUUCUUGUACCUUAUAACUGGUGCCAUCUACGGUUGAUUUCCUAGAAGCAGUUGCAAUAACGUUGGGUCAAAACUCUAGUGUGAUACGAUGUCGGGUAGUGCCGUGAACUGUUGGUUUAAAAAAUAAUUGUAAGAAUUCCUCGUGAAGAAGCGUUUAUUUAGAAAAAGAAAUGGCUGGGUUAGAAGGAUAUGAACGGGUCUAUAGAGGACGACCUUUGGAACCUUGGGAAGCUGGUGGUGGAUAUCCGAGCAAAUAUCACGACCGCGAGGUUAUCCGUCCUUUGGAUAUACCAGUGGUUCAUCCACUAGCACAGAAUAGUCCGCCACAGGACGACGAUACAACUGUUAAAAAGUAUGUAGGCCUUGGAUGUGGCUUGGCUAGUCUUAUCACAGAGAAUCUAUUAAUACAUCCGUUUAUUGUGUUACGGAGACAAUGUCAAGUGAAUCCCGUUGCCACCAAAUAUCAUUUAGUACCUAUCACUUUGGUACCAGUAAUAAUACGAUUGCAUCAAAGUCAAGGAUUAAAUAUAUUGUGGAAGGGAAUUGGUUCGGUAUUGAUUGUUAGAGGACUGGCACUGGCUGUGGAAGAUUUGGUAUCCAAAGUCACUCCUUGGCCAAAAGAAAUAACUUGCAACAGUUCCUUGAGAGCUUUUGGACAGCACCUUCUUUUAAAAUGCGUAGCGAUUGGGAUAGUAUCUCCUUUUUAUUCAGCAUCUCUGGUGGAGACAGUGCAAUCUGAAAUUGCUUCGGAGCGACCAGGAAUUUUUGACGUAUUUCGUGAUGGUGCAAUUCGUUUAUUGGAAGUCACUAAUAAGGGCAGACUCAUUCCUAUCUAUGCCCUUUUGCCAGCAACUGUGGCCUGUGGCCUUGCUAAAUAUCUAUUCGCACUGAUUGUACGUGGUGUCACUAGCCGCAUUAUGCAUAUUCGUCACAAACACUCCCAGGAAGCUACGGGAGCCUACAGCAGAGAUCUUGUAUCGGAGACUGUGGUUCAGGAUAUAGAAUUACACUCUGCUUUGAUCUCAACCUGUGCUGCUGAUGUUGUAUUUUAUCCAUUAGAAACUGUCAUUCUGAGACUGCACUUGCAAGGCACUAGAACAAUUAUUGACAAUUUGGAUGAUGGCAGAAGUGUUACGCCAUUGCUGACAGGGUACAGUGGUGCUGUAGAUUGUUAUCGUACCAUUAUUGCAACCGAAGGACCCUUAGGUUUGUAUAAAGGCUUCGGAGCUCUUAUAUUGCAAUUUGCUGCCCAUGUCUUAGUAUUGAGAACAACCAAGUGGAUUAUUACAGAAAUUACUAGUAUGUUAAGACCUAAGCCUAAGCCAAUUAAACCACAGCAUUCUUAUUAUAAUGAAAUAUGAACUGGUAUAGUUUUUUUUUGGAUUUCUAAAAUCUAAAUAGAAACGUAAUAUUCUGAGAGCAGUGACUUUCUUUGAAUAACUGCAAUUAAUAUUCGCUGUUAAUCAGAGAAACGGGCGGCUGUUUAAUUUUUAUCAGAUAAUAAAGAAACACUUAAAAGUGUGCAGUAACUAAUCGAAUAAAUUAAACAUGACGAGAAUUGCUUUGAUUUCUAAUAGGUGAUAAUUUUGAAAAAAAAUUACUUUCACUCAUUCUGCAUGAGGCAGUCUGUAUAUAUUAAGAAAUUUGUUAGUAGCCAAUGUAGAAAAAAAACAGCAACACUCUAGUCAUGCCCAUUCACAUUGUACAUACAAAGAAGUCAUUAACCAUUACGUAUUUCACAUCAAUUAUUAUACGGUAUGUACAGAAUGUUGUUAAUAAAACAUUUACAAACAA